UAGUCUUGCCUUGACUGCUCCUCCUCCCUUGCGUAUCCAGGGUCCUUGAUGCACGUAGACCAUUUGGUCCAGAUGUUGGUCUGCCUAGGUACCGUUCAUGCUCGUUUCAUCUGGGUGUCUAAAACGUACGCUUGUACAAGCACGUACACGGUUCAAGGUGCAUAGUGUGUACCUCCUUCAGCUAGCCGAGCACUUGCGCUGCUGUGGUACUUUGAGGUACUCGGGAUCUCUGGUUCUAGUCUUCUUCCAUCUAAUACCAGUUGUGACGCUAAGCAGCAGCAGACCAGAGGAGCUGAGGACGAUUAGGUACACAUACAUAGUACGGAGUACUAUGGCUUCUUCUUUCUUUCUUACUCUUGUAGCUUUGUUUGCACUGUAUCCCUCUCUCCAAAAAAGAAAGGGAAAUGUCACAGAAAUCCGCACCACGAUCAUAGGACGAGACAUGCACAUUGUACUUAUCCACCUACAUAGGUACAGCAUGCACUACACUGCCGACGGCCGUCUCCAAACCGCUGUGUACAAAUCUACAAAUUACGACUGCAGCAAUGCAGCUCGUUGCAACCCCAUCCAAGGCAUCCCCGGCUACGCGCGUCAAGCUUUCCGGACUUGAGCGGCACGAGAUCCAGAGUCCCAAGUUUCCCAGAGACAGGACUGAGAAAGAAGAAGAAGAAGAAGAAGGUAGCCGUGUAACAAGGACGAGAUGGCGUGUGUAGUACUAGCGUACAGAUGGGGUGAGGAGAAGUAGUACGGCGCUGCUGCGUCUCCAGGGCGCGUGACGUUGUACGAAGUACACGAGCAGAAGAUGUCGAGAUGGGUGCGUGGGGAGAGAAAGCUGGG